AUGGCAGCCCCACAACUGACGCCCAUAGUCCCACAUCGAAACUCUAAGCAAAUUGCACACCUCCCAAGGCCUAUAAAAGAGGACAUCCAUCCCAGCUUGAAGAUCGCACACCCUACCGAGGACAUCAGGUACCGAAGAGACUUAAUCACUAAGUUGCGCGGGAAAGUACAGAACCAUUUUUCUGCGUCAACAGUUUGGCGCCGUCUGUGGGAAAUGAUAACAAUCAACCUACAAUUCCUAAACAAAACAAAUGGGAACCACUUCAGGACCACAGUUUCUAUCAGAGGAUGGAUUACCGUACGGUAUGCCAAGUGGAGCAAGCCCGUGCUGCACCCUAGCACUCCCUUCGGUAAUCCACCUGCGCUUCAGACCACGGUCGAAGCGGAGCUUCUGGCUCAGAUGACCUCCCUCCGAAAGGAGAUGGCAAAACUCCAAGAACGUAACAAUCUUCUUUCGUCCAAAGUGGACGAAACCCAACGGUUGCUUAACCAACAAGAAACACAAAACGCUCGGACCACCGAAUCUUCCCAAAGUCAGCAGACCCCCGGUCGGCAGAGGAAGGGAAAGCAGGGGGCAAAGGCAACGCCUGCGCCUUCCAAGCAGCUGGUGGUCCCAGCACCCCAGGGCCAACCGCACGUACCGAAGAAGGUAUACACCGAUUGUCGUCAUCGGAUCAACGACAAAAAGGAUGCCGAACGGCAUAGGUCCCCAAUCAGACUAAACGCCAACUUGAGGGACUCCCGGAUGAGGGUCUUGGGGGAUAAAUCGCCCCUUCGGAGGGCUCAGGGUUUGGAUUCGGCGCAGGAAUCCGACGAUGAGUACAUCCCCACCAGGGACACCGAAUCGAGCUACCGUUUGGAAGCUCCCCCGGAGUAUUCGAAGGCGAGAUCACCAAGUGCAAGGAAAGCUUCCGAAGACUUUGGUUCCGAGGACGUCCCCAGUCGAGACCCCACCAUCCGAUUACUUUUCCAAAGAAUCCAUAAGAUGGAGGAAGACCGAACCCGAUCCUAG